AUGUCCUCGCCAGAACUGGACAUGCAGGCCCUCCAGCAACUCAGAGGCCAAUUCUCCCAAGCACUAAAGGACUUUGCUUCUUCGUCGUCGUCUUCGUUUCGAAUCUUACACUCGAUCCCACCCGCCACGACGGCCCCGACACCAUCAAGCCCGAUCGUCACAAAGACGGUCUACGUUCUCGACUCGAGCUUCAACCCGCCUUCCAAGGCCCAUUCAAGUCUGGUGAAGACGGCACUGAAGUCGCAGACCAAGAAUUCGACUCCGAGGGUCCUAUUCUUGCUGGCCUCCGUGAACGCAGACAAGAAGCCCAAGCCGGCCGACUUUGAGGAUCGGCUGGUCAUGAUGACUUUGGCGGCCGAGGAUCUACGGUCCGCCUUUAAUACACCAGCUCCGAUAAUCGACAUCGGCAUCACGAAGGAGCCAUAUUUCGUCGACAAGGCCACCGCGAUCGACGCAAGUGGCCUCUACCGUCCUCCAGGCCACGACCCUUCCAGCCCAACGGAAGACGACGACGGUGUCGUCGAACAAAUCCACCUCACAGGCUUCGACACGCUCCUCCGGAUCUUCACGCCGAAAUACUACCCAAACAGCCAUCCGCCGCUGUCAGCUUUGGAGCCUUUCCUGAGGAGACACCGCCUACGGGCGACGAUCCGCGUCGACGCCAACAGUCCCUCGCAAAACCUCAAGGACGCGCAGAAGACGCAACCAGAGUCAAGUCUGAGUGCUGGAUCCCAAGCACCACCCGACCUGACGACGAUCGCCGGUCAAGAGGCGUACUUAGAUAGCAUCAAGAACGGGUCGCUGGAGAAGGACGGGCUCAAGCGGGAGUGGGCCGAGAGGGUGGAAUUGGUGGUGGAUGAUUCGGGAGAAACGGAAGGUGUGAGCAGUACGAAGAUACGAAAUGCCAUGAAGGACGGGGAUUGGGACGAAGUCAAAGGGCUGGUAGGCCAGAAGGUAGGAGAGUGGAUCAGGCAUCGGGGUCUGUAUCUAGAAGGGGGGAAAAUGUGA